CUGAUAGGGGGGGAUGGGAUGGGAUGGGAUGAUUGUAAGAGGCGGUCAAGAAAGAAGACUGGGGGGACACACGGGGAAAGAGAGGAGGGGGAAGAAGGAAUUAGAUUCGGUUGUCAUCAUGACUUGACUGCUUCGGAAAAAGAGGACUGGUUGGCAAUGGAUGCAUCCAUCCCUGAUUGAGCCCUUCCAGUUCCUCAGAUCCGACGGAUGGCAGAGGAAUGAGAAGACUACUUGCUGGUUAUCUGGACCAGUCGUCGUCGUACUUUGUCACUUUGGUUGUGAGUCUUCUACUAACUACUCCUGCCUUGCUUGGUGCUUGGGACUUCUAUACAUGUGCAAGACUACUAGGUACUCCGUACAACCAGUUGUCAGCCAGUGAUGUUAUUAUAGUCAAGGACGGAUGGAUAUACUCAUG